AUGGCGUUUGCAGCUAUCAAUAACUCGUCAAGAAAUCCUUCAACGGUACCGAUUGUAAAUCAACAACCUCCGGCAGCAGUGAAUUACGCAAUUAUCGACAAUGGUUUUGCGGCGGACUUGUCGUUGAGGAAACGCGUCUACGAGGCAAUCACUGCUUCCCCUCACCACGGAGCGCUAUUCCAAGACAUCGCACAAUACGUAUCAAGGUUACAACAGUCGCAAUCCCAGCAGCAACAACAGCAGCAGCAGCAGCAGCCGACUCAACCUGCAUCUGACGAACCGGUAAUCAAGAAGCGCAAGUUAGAAGGAAACAAUGGCAUCGGCGGUGCAUUACCAUCUACCAGUGUCCAUGAUCUCAAGGCAGAUAGUCCGCUACAAUUCUAUGCGCAGGAUGUAUCCUUUGCGGUGCCUCAGCGAAAGAAGUUGACGCUGGAGAUGACAGCUGCGGGCGGCUAUCUUCGUGCUCGGAAUCAGACGUCCAAGGAAAUUGAGUUUGGUAUUCCGGUGAAGGAUAUUCAACAUAUACUCUGCCUCCCCGUCCCCGAAAAAGCUCAACGUCAAACAAACUUCUGCAUCAUCCCGAGAUAUGGCGAUGGCGUGACCCCCGUCCCCGAAAACGCAUCGAUUCCAGAUCAGAUGGUAUUCACCAUCGCUGAUGGACCUGCAAAAGCCGCUUUCACAGGUGCCGGACAACGCAUUGAAAGCGAUGAGAACGGCGAGACACUUUUACGAGGCUGGCUGAACGAUGCUAUUGGACAUACUAAAGUCAUUCGUCCUGAUGAUCGAGAGUUUGUAAGCGCAACGCCAGAAGCGCAUCGGAAGGGCGAAAAGGCAUAUCAUGUUAAAGCGCAUAGAGGGAGCAAAGAUGGAUAUCUAUUCUUCCUAUCUACGGGCAUACUUUUCGGAUUCAAAAAGCCUUUAGUGUUCUUCUCAUUCGACAAUAUAGAGUCUGUAUCAUACACCUCCGUUCUCCAGCGAACGUUCAACCUCAACAUUACGACACGGGUAGACGAGAAACAGGAACCUCAAGAAUUUGAGUUUUCCAUGAUCGAUCAGGCCGAUUAUGCCGGUAUUGAUGCCUAUAUCAAGAAUCAUCAACUCCAAGACGCGAGUCUUGCAGAGGCCAGACGUGCGAAGAAGUAUAACAUCAAUGGCGGCAAAGCUGGCGGAGCUGACGGUGAGCAAAAUGGGAACGGAGCUGCAGGCGCAGCAGAAGAGGAGGAAGAAAGUGAACUGCAAAAGGCGCAGCGCGAAUUAGAGGAUCAGGAAGAUGAGGAAGAGGAAGAUUAUGAUCCUGGUAGUGAGGGGGAUAGUGAUGGCAGUGGUUCUAGUAGUGGAGAAGAAGACGAGGACGAAGAUGGAGGUGGUGAUGAUGACGAUGAAGAAGAAGAAGACGAGGAGGAUGAGGAUGGUGAUGUAGAUCUUGUGAAGCAGGAGCUUGGUAGUGAGGCGGAGGAUGUUGAUGAUGAGGAAUUGUAG